AUGCAUCCCCGACCUCAUAACCAGCCAUCCUCUCCGGCGCCAGCCCUUCUUGCCGUCCCGGCGUUUACCUUUCCCAUCGCUGAUUUCGGCGGGACUGCUCCUGUGGGAGUCCAAAGAAGCGAGGAAUGGAGAAUCAAUGCCGGAGACAUUGAGGAAGGCGGCGAUAUUCUCGAUAUCCAAGAGAAACGCGCGGCUACUAUUACUUGCAGCUCCAGGACCAACAAGCCCAAGACCAAGUUCAAGGCGGCCACCACAACCGCCGAAGCACAAGCCAAAGCCGGAGGGUUUGCGACGAACACCAAGAGCGGCUACCCUCACCAGUACCAGAACAAUGAUAAGCUCAAGUGGAGGAUCGAGCUAUGUGACGCCUCGCCAGAAGGCACAGAUAUCAAGCUUCUGGAGUAUCCGAUCUACUGGACAGGAGUUAAAAAGAAGGCGUGGACUAAGGAUAAGAAAAACUACAACCAAGGGUGCGAUUGGAAGACUCCCAUCCGAGUGGCUUCCUCAGAGACGAACGGGACAGGCGCCGGAGCGACUUAG